UUGGUAACCCCUCUCAUUCAUUAAGAUCACGUAAGAACUCAAAGGGAAACGUGACUCUGAGCUAAGGCGUUUGCGUAAAUCUAUAGGUUUUUAAAACUCCCUGCCAGUUGCUUUCUGUCUUCUGUAGGCACCAAGGUGGUGGAGAGUUUAAGCUUGCGGAUAUUGCAAAGGGUUAUUAGAUUCAUAAGUCACACCAAGUGGUGGGCGAUCCACUGAGCAAAGCAGAAGUUCUCACAUGAUGACUUCAAACAAGACACAUUACCUUCCAGCAUCUGUUGGAGAGACUGGAUUUUAAGACACUUCUGUCUCCAGGACAGCAAAGAAACAAUGUUCCACCAAGUGAGAAGAGUGAUGACCAUCCUUUUCCUUACUAUGGUUAUCUCAUACUUCAGUUGCAUGAAAGCUGCCCCGAUGAAAGAAGCUAGUGUAAGAGGACAAGGCAGCUUGGCUUACCCAGGUCUUCGGACCCACGGGACUCUUGAGAGCCUAAAUGGGCCCAAUGCUGGUUCAAGAGGACUGACAUCGCUGGCGGACACUUUUGAACAUGUCAUAGAGGAGCUUCUAGAUGAGGACCAGGACAUCCAGCCCAGUGAGGAAAACAAGGAUGCAGACUUGUACACAUCCCGAGUCAUGCUAAGCAGUCAAGUGCCUUUGGAACCCCCACUGCUCUUCCUGCUCGAGGAGUACAAAAACUACUUGGAUGCUGCAAACAUGUCCAUGAGGGUCCGGCGCCACUCUGACCCAGCUCGCCGCGGGGAACUGAGCGUGUGCGACAGCACGAGCGAGUGGGUGACAGCGGCGGAGAAAAAGACUGCAGUGGACAUGUCCGGGGCGACUGUCACAGUCCUGGAAAAAGUCCCAGUACCCAAAGGCCAACUGAAGCAAUACUUCUACGAGACCAAAUGCAACCCCAAGGGGUACACAAAGGAGGGCUGCAGGGGCAUAGACAAGAGGCACUGGAACUCCCAGUGCCGAACUACCCAGUCUUACGUGAGAGCUCUCACCAUGGAUAAUAAAAAGAGAGUCGGCUGGCGCUUUAUAAGGAUAGACACUUCCUGUGUAUGUACAUUAACCAUUAAAAGGGGAAGAUAGUGGAUUUGUGUUGUAUAGAUUAUAUUGAAACAAAAUUAUCUAUUUGUAUAUAUACAUAACAGGGUAAAUUAUUCAGUAAAAAAUAAUUUUAUGGACUGCAUGUAUAACUGAAGUUUAUACAGUACAGUGGUUCCACAAUCUAUUUAUUGAACAUAUCCAUGACCUGAAGGGGAACAAAAGUCAUUUGCGCACAAGUUUAAAAAAAAAAAAAAGAAAAAAAAAAAGAAAACCAAGCAAACAAAAAAGUCUGCAUUACAUUCCUCGAUAACAUUGUGGUUUGUCGCCGUUGCCAAGAAUUGAAAAUAUAAAAAGUUUAAAAAAAAAGAAUAAAAUUGCAUGCUGCUUCAAUUGUGAAUUGAUGAUAAACUGUCCUCUUUCAGAAAAAUAAAUUGAACCAAAACAUUCCGUUUACGUUUUAGACAGUAAGUAUCUUUAUUCCUGUUAGUAUUAUAUCUGUUUACUGCUUUUAACUUCUGAUAGCGUUGGAAUUAAAACAAUGUCAAGGUGCUGUUGUCAUAGUUUUACUGUUUCUCUUUUACUUUUGAACUCCCAUCAGAUUGAAAAAGAAAAAAAAAGUCAUUACCUUAUUCUGGAUUAAAAACAAAUUUGUUUUUUGUAUGUUGUGAAGGUGUUUGCAAUAGCAAUCCAACUACUGACAAAAAAAUAAUAAAAAAAAGAGGCAACUGAAAAAGAAUGGUGAUGUUCCACUUCACAUUGUUGAACUUCAGGCUUAAAGACAGCACUUAUUUAACUGUAUGGCAACAAGCUUUUUUGGGUUUUUUCUUUUUUUUUUUUUUAUUACUAUUUGCUGUCUUUUGAGACCUGCAUUUGCUUAUACCAUGUUUGUUUGUGUUUGAGGGUUGUUUUUUUUUUUUUCCUUUCCUCCCUCUGGAAGUAUGUUGGUUGUGGUCUUAAAAAUAUUUCACUUACCAUAUGAGUGGUAUACUCUCGAAGUAAGUGAAGAGGAAGCGCCGGAGGAGUUGGCUUAAUGUUGCUUAGGUUCCGAUAGACGUAUUUAGCCUGUGCUACCCCUCUAACCAUCCUGAGAAGUAUUUCUAAAAAGGCAGGUUGUGAGCUGAAGAGCUGUGUAUAGCACUUGCACUGACUACAGUGGGCAGAGAGGCAGAAAUAGCUCAUUAGUGAGAUCACCAAAGGCAGAUGCUAUAUUUGUAAUUCCUGUAGAUGAAGAAAAGUAGCUGAACAAAGAGGAAAACACUGCAAAAUGUAACUGCUUCUGAAUGCUGCAGAAUCUGCAUUGAGCUGGAUGUUUUCAGUUUUGAGGCUGGACUCUGGUAGAGGGUGAGAGAGAUGCAAGGCGCCGUUAGGACUGUGUAGGUGGCAAGGCGAGCCCACGGCCCCAGUGUUAGCGGGGUUGCGAAAGGGCUGCUGAGGGAAGUUUCAGGCCAGAACCAUCUUUCAGUGCUGGCAUCUUUCAUCUGGGAGCAUUGGCUGGAUGUUUUCGAUUUUGAGUCUGGACUCAGGUAGCCGGCCUUGCUGUUCAAGUUAAUAAAAACCUGGACUGGGCAAAGCUUAUUUGAAAUACGAUUCCCCCACAAUAAUUCUGUUUGAAGAGUAUAUUUAACAGGGAGUUUAUGUCAUUACUAGUAGAAACUGAUGGUGGAAGCUAACCUUCAAAAUUGGUGAUUUCUUCUACUUAGGGUAGAAGGGCUUCCCUUUGCUAGGAUAACUGGCUGUCAAAGGAGAACCACCCUAGCUGUACAAUGAAAACCUUUGGCAUCGGCCACGCGCUCGCUGAGUGCGAAGAAGAGGGUUGUGUGACCCACCUGAACUUCAAACUUCAACCUUCCCCAUUGAUUGCAGAUAUUCAAGCUCCCACAUAGAAAUCAGAAAUGAAACAAACCAACCAACCCAUACCUUACUGAAAUGUCUCAAAACUUCAACAAUAUUCCUAAACUACAGAAGACAGAUGGUGUAACGGUGGCUUCCUUCAAAAUGGGCUGGUUGCUUAGGACAAGGAAAGGAUGAUGCUAAUGAGUGAACAACAGACACAUCACUCAUCUAGACUGGAAAAAGAAAUGGUAGCUAGGACAUGACAGUAAUCUAAUUCAGAGGCAGGAGUCAAAUAAUUCCCAGUUCAAAUAAAUUGAAUUUCCAAAAGAGAAGUAUUAAUGCAUAAAUCAUGCUAGAAAUAAAGUUCCUCAUUUCCCCGUGUUAAUCACAGCAGCAUCCUUAAGUCAGCAGUCCCCACCUGGCAUAGGUGAGGGAGGUGCAGAAUUAACAGUAGGUUCAGAGGGGUAAGGGCAGCCCACGUGGGACUCGGGGACGGGGCUGAGAACCCACGGAAGAUCUGUGUCCCGUAGCUACAUCUAGAGUGAUAUUCCCCGUAACAGGCCAACUCCGUGCCUACCGAUAGCACGUGAAGCUGGCAAUUAAACUGCAGUCCCGCGGCUCUCACCUGCCCGACCUAACGCAUCCAUGAUCGCAGGCUUGGCAGUUUUCGUUAAAACAGAGAUGGGGGGGUGGGGGUGGUUUUCUUUCACAUCACUUAAUUGAACUCUUGCUGUGGUCUGUUUGUGACAAAGGUAUAUCAUGCAUGUCAGCAGGCCUAGUGCUGUGUUAAAGUAAAGACUCUUGCAACUGUAAGUUAAUGUCUGUGGCCUUGUUCUCUAUUAUUCACCUUGUGUAACAUAAAUAUUUAUUGUAUAUUUAUAUAAUUUUAUGGUUUUUGGGAAGAACUGAAAUUGGCAUUAAAAUUUAAAAGCAACUGCGUCAUAUUGUAAAUAUAAUUAAGCUAUA